AUGGAGAAGAAUUAUGGCGCUCACAAGCUUCUCCUUCUCUGCUUCUCUUGCUGCUGCUUCCUCUGCUGUAUGGGCAGCAACUCCAGUGAUAUGGAAAUCCUUCUAUCCUUCAAAUCCCAAUUCAUAUCUUCGGACCCUCAGAAUGAGCUGGUGGGCUGGAACAACAGAUUCCCUGUUUGCAGCUGGCCACACAUUUCCUGCACCUCCGACAGAACAGGUGUCCGUGAUGUAAGCCUCCAAGGCCUCGGCCUCUCUGGUAUCAUCCCCCCACACCUAUCUAACCUCUCUUCCCUCCGAACUCUUGACCUCUCUGAUAUCUUCUUCCGCGGCCCAAUUCCUUCACAACUCGGCCGUCUCCCUCUCCUCCAAAGGCUCCUCCUCAAUAACAACUCCAUUGAUGGUACUAUUCCUAGCAAUCUCUCUCAUUGCUUAAGCCUCCUAGAAAUCGAUCUUACGUACAACCAACUAUCUGGAAACAUCCCUUCCUCUCUCAGCUUUCUCACACAACUCGAAAUUCUUUAUGUUUCGGUCAACCAACUUGUGGGUCCAAUUCCCCCUUCCAUUGGAAAUCUCACAUCUCUUAUCCUUCUCUACCUUGCAAGAAAUGGACUUUCCGGUGAAAUUCCAAAAGAACUCGGACUUCUCCGGAAUCUCAACGAUCUGCAGAUCUUCCAGAACCAACUCAGUGGCGUAAUCCCUUCCUCGAUUUACAACAUCUCCUCUCUUGAGCUGUUCUCCAUGACAGGCAAUAAGCUCACCAGAGAGCUUCCAGAAGACAUUGGUCUCCAGCUUCCCAACCUGAAGGAACUCCUCAUGUCUGGCAAUGAAUUCCACGGACCCAUUCCAGGUUCCUUAUCGAACAUCUCCAGAAUUGAAUCCCUGGACUUAUCGAAAAAUAACUUCCGUGGUUCAAUUCCUUCGCUCGGAAGCAUGCAUGAUCUUCUCUGGUUGAAUCUAGCCAACAACGCUCUCACUUCCACCACUGAUAUCAUGGGUCGUUUUUUCGAUUCUCUUACAAACUGCACCCACUUGGAGGUGUUCUCACUGACUACCAAUCAAUUAGCAGGCCAGCUCCCAACUUCGACUGGGAAUCUCUCCGCCCAUCUCGAAAAUUUUAGUGUGGAUGACAAUCUCUCUUCAGGUUCCUUCCCACAUGGCGUCCAAAACUACCGCAACCUAACAACCUUAGAUCUGCAACUGAAUUCCUUCACGGGUAGCGUUCCCGAGUCCAUUGGCAAACUCCGCAAACUGCAGAGACUCUCCCUCGAAGAAAACAGCUUUGUCGGAGAAAUACCAGACAUUUUCAGCAAUCUUCCCAGUUCUAUGGCAGGAUUCCGCAGAGCAUAG